GUUCAUUUUGGACUCGAUGAGCAAAUGAUUGAAGUCAAGAGAACCUUGAAGACAUGUGCUGACCCUGAGGCCUUCAGAACCCUGUUCAACAGGCCCGUUGACAGCGCAAAGAUUAUCGUGGAUUACAACAACGGAGACUCGAUGAGCAUGCCGGACGUGGUUGUGAUUGGAAGUACUGCAGCGGCAGUCGAAGUCGCAACAAACAGAGUAGGCGCCACUGGCCGACAACUGAGAACAAAGUGCGUAGUGGCAGGAGUUUUCUGAGCUCUUUGUUAAUCCAGAGUUGACUGACCGAACCUCAGGUCCAAGGCGUAGCACUGGACCUGCUAACUAAAUGUCGCUAUCAUGAUAUACUUCCACUCGUCCUCCUCCUGUGAUAACGUAUGCUUCUAUUGUCGAUCCGGUGUUUUUUUUCGGUCGAAGAGUGGACAAGGCUCUGCGGAGGUGAUUUGUUGUGCACUCGCUUGCAGUUUCAUUUUCGGAUCAUCUCAGUCCACUGGAAAUAGUCACAGCCUGGUCCUCUGACAACCUCUUCGAACCUUCGCUCGCAGCUUCAGACUGCGGCACAGUUUGGUGUAGCGAAGUGAGUGUUCGAAGGUUGCAUAUUAUGCAGCUUCGUUGUUGAGGACAUGGGUGCGCUAAAAAGGGUUGUGUUAUUUUUAGAUGCAUCAGCA